CCUCUCAAUGAUAAUCCCUCAAAUUCUAACUUAAAUUUUUGUUUAGAUGUGCCUGCUUCGAUGGUCCUGCUUGUCCAGAGAGCCUUGAAAACCCAUGUCAACCAUUCGAAGUUCCGCCAAAGUUUCCAACAUCCUACUUAAUGACAUAUACAGGCGAAAAGCAAACAUGUAAUCCAAUGGGAUGCGUCACCACAACAUUUUCAGGCAUCAGAUAUCAAGACACAAAGGCCAAUGGAAGAUUCCGGGAGGAUAUUUUGGGUUCAGAUGGAAUCGACACGACAAUGCUGAUUUUCUCAGGCGUUGCACAGUAUGAGAUAAAUUGGAUAACACGGACAUGUGAAAAGUUAACACCGCUGCCAUUAGGACCGUUUCAAAUUCCACUCUAUUAUUCAUACGAUGGAACCGAGACUGUUAACGGAGUUGAGGCUGACCGAUGGCAUUGGUUUCAGGGAUUCCACAAUCAAGGAGAGGGCUAUGAUGCGAUUUACAUUUACGCGACACAUACAUUCAAUGGCAACUAUGUCCCUGUCAAGCUAUUCCAUGUGACAAAUGCUGGACCAAUCAUGAAGGAGGCAACCUGGAGCAAUGAGACUACCGGUGAAUUCAAACAUAAAACUUUCAACGACACCCAGUUUCGAAUUCCUUCAUUUUGCUUCACUUGAAUAAAGUUUAACCUUGGAUUUGAUAUUCUAGAAUCAUUCUCAGAUUGUUGUUCAUGCAUUGAAUGAACGUUUCAAACGGCCUGCAACUUUUAUUUUUCCUGCAAAGCAAAUAAACAUUAUUGCGAACGUUGUCACUGGGCCAGCUAUUGUAGAGUUCAUCGUGAGUAUGUACGGACUAGGCUAUUGCAAAGAGACGUGUUUUAAAGUGCUUUAUUACAUCCGAAUAUGUAUUUUAUACAACUAUGCCGUUACUAUAUGAAACAGAAACAUAAAAGUAGCUAACUUCCCCCUUCUGACUUAUGUGGGUAUCCCCGUACUAGCUACCCCUAUGGAAGCAAGCCCUAUCGUAGUAAUAUUGGCUGAUUUAUGUCAAAAGCAAAAAUCGAAGACGAUAACUAUAUUUUCGUGUUUCCUUGAGCAACAAGAUCCAAAGAUAUACUGAAAUUACAUUGUAAACUAAAUUCUGUUGUUUUUGAGACAUUAAGACAUUUAAGAGAAUUUAUCUAACGCUCUUUAUGCAUAUCUGGGGUAUCUAGGGGUAAAUUGCCCUCUGUCACUCUGUCGAAGACUCAAAAGCUUGUCUAAAGAACGUAAGUUGGGGCACAUUCGAUAGAAAUACUGCAGUCUAAUUUAUUUACAGCUAUAGUGACGUUUUUGUAUUCCAUUAAAGAUUUAUGCAAGCUUCAUAACCUCAGCAAUUUGUAAAUCCUUCUGUAUUUAAUUCUGCUUUGUACAAUAUACUUUGACUAUCUGGAAAUCUGUAAUGAAAUAAAGUUCAUAUUUUCUCACAGUUAUAAACUACAAGAAAGACUCAUCUUCUCUAGACUGUUAGAGACUUUUUGCUAACAACGAGCUUUUGCUAGCCUGAUAACCAACCAUUUGCAUGCUUGGCAAAUUAUCCAGGCGCCGAUCCUAACAAUGGCGGUAAACUUCCACGGAUCGACCAAAAUUUAUUCACGAUUGCCUGAAAUGCAUUAUGGGAUGCAUGCACAGUGCAAUGGCUUAUUGUUAAUAAUGAGUCUUUUUAGUUUUUUGAUAAAUAGAAUUGCAAAAAAGCUUUUGAUAAUGGUUGACAAGGGAAACUUUGGGAAUGGGGCUUGAUGUGGAGAUUGAUACAUUCAGUCUAAGCUUCAGUUUUAGGAACAUAUAUUGACUGACUUUUAUUCUAUAACAUUUAUUCUCUUGUUACCAAAAAUAUGUCCAGGCCUUUUAUCAUCAGGCGACGUUUGGCUGUCUUAAUUAGCUUUGCCUCGGAUUUCCUUCAUCUAGAUUAAUCGCAAGUCUAUUUUUAUCCAGUCAGAGUUGUUUUGUCAGUUCCUGAGUUAACCGUAGAUCAUUUUGCAGUGAACUUAUUAUUGAAAACG